CAACAAACUGAAUUCAGCAUUUAGUGUGACAGUGUACACCAGUCCGCAUGGUUAAUUUUUGUUGAAGAAUUCUGAACUCUUCUGUAAUUUUGGCGUAAUAACGAAUUUUUGUCAGUUUCAAUAUUUCUAUAAAAAUGGAAAGCACAUCACGUCCACGCAGUACUAAAUCACAAAAGGCCGGAUGUAUUAUGUCCAUCGGUAGAAUCGAACGUAAUCUUCGCAAAGGUAAUUAUGCAAAGCGGAUCAGCAGUAGCAGUGCCGUUUGUUUGACCAGUGUUUUAGAGUACCUUUGUGCUGAAGUUCUCGAACUGGCGGGAAAUGCUGCCCAACAAAACAAGAGAAUUCGCAUUACUCCGCGGCAUAUAAUGCUGGCCAUUGAAAAUGAUGCCGAGUUGAAGGAAUUGCUGAAGGACGUGCAAAUUCCCGAAGCGGGUGUGAUGCCGAAUAUUAAUCCAGUCUUGUUGAAAACGAGAUCCGAAAAAAAUCACGAUUCAGCCGAGCUGGAUGCUACGAGCCAGCAAUACUAGUUGUGUCGUAAAUUUUGUUUCCUUUUUUUCCAUUUGUCAUAAGAAGUGCAGUGCAUGGCCGGUUAGGUUUUACGUGAAUUGUUAUUGUUAUCGUUAUCAAAAUGUAAAUUUAAAAUUUCAAUAAAACAUUGUUCUCACAUCGUUUAAGAUGGAUAAG